AUGGUCAACCAAGACAAGGUGGCCAUAUUCUGGGACUUUGAAAAUUGUUGUCCUCCCUCGACGCAGGGAUUGGGAUAUGAUAUUGUGAAUAACAUCGGGCGCAUGGCUCGCAUAUUUGGAUCCGUAACCACCUUCAAAGCAUACCUGGACAUAUCGAGCCAACCUCCCAAGUCCACAGCUCUUCGUUCAGAGCUGCAGCUAUCCGGCGUCUCGGUGGUAGAUUGUCCUCACAACGGCAAGAAAGAUGUUGUUGACAAGAUGGCCAUGGUCGAUAUGUUCGCUUUUGCUGUUGACAACCCUGCACCCGCUACUGUCAUCCUCAUUGCUGCGGAUAGAGACUAUGCCUAUGCGCUCUCUACUCUUCGUCUCCGUAAUUACAAGGUUGUAUUGAUCACUCCUUGUGUCUCGACCUGUCUCGAGGCUUGUGCCUCGUUCGUCAUAGACUGGAAUGUCGCCCUCACGAAGACUAGAACAGAGUCAAACACUGACUGCGUCCGGCGACCAUAUAUUGAUAUUGAAGCCAGUCUUUUUGAUAGACUUUCACAGGAAGUCUCCCAAUUUGGCAAAAAUUUGACUGUGAUCUCUGCCCCGCUAGAAGCCAUAAAGCCUCAGCGAAUCAAUGCGCAAGAUUUGCUCCGUCCA